CCGAGGCAUUGUGGCUCCUCGACUUUACAAGGAAGCGUUGAGAGCUUCUUCCAUUCUUCACAAGUUCAAGGCUGGGCCUGGACUCUUAAUUGCUUUAUAUUGAAUAUCCUAUCCAUUGGGACGGUCACGAUGGCAUUACACUCGCUCCUCCUCUCUUUCCUCUUAGCCCCGCUCUAUAUCCAGGCAUUACAAGUGACCCCGAACUCACCUUGUGCCGCUGUCUGCCAGGACUCGGAUACUCUGGAUGCCUCGGAUCCCCGUUCAUCAAACACGAAGAAUUCCGAUAUCACUUGCGAUGAUUCCAUCUUUGGAAGCUCAAAGGCAGGAAUCAAGUGGAUGAACUGCAUGAGCUGUCUGCAAAACAGCACGUUUGUCCAAGGGAACGAGAAUGACCAGAUGUGGUUUUUGUAUAACUCGAGGUACGCGGUGUCAUACUGCGUGUUUGGAUUUCCAAAUGCCACGGAUGUUGGCUCAUCACCAUGCACCACAUCUCCUGCUUGCGGGUUGCUGGAGAACUCCCUUGAAACAGGCGUUCUGGAUCCGCACUCGUCGUCGCAGUACGGAUAUUGCUCCGUCGACCGUGAUGCAAUGACGGGUUCAGGUUAUGCUAGCUGCCUAGCAUGUAUCAGCGCCAGCGGUACUACCCAAUACAUCGCCAAUCAUCUUGUCGCCCUAGAGGCCGGGUGUCUUCAGCAGCCAGCGCCAGGCAUGAUUGUUGGCCUGAAUAGCACUCUUUUCUCACCGAAAGUGGUCGGCAUCGUUGAUCCUUCGGUGCUGGCUAACCCGCCAAAGAGUGAAACCCGAGGUCCAACAUCCACCAUGGUCGCAGUCAUAGUGAUCGGCACCCUUGUGUUCCUUGCCGUGGUGGCGGCCUGCGUCUACAUCUGUCGCCGUAAGCGGAAGAACAGGCUCACAAGAGCCACUGCGGAGAAGUUCGGCUCCUGGAUGCCUCAAUCUCCUUUGUCUUUCCAGUGCCAGGCGCACACGGGCCUAAAGUCUCCAGAGUUAUUCCAAAACGGGGGCGAACGUUCAGUCGACGAGAUGUCAUACUCGCCCGAACCUAAAGGCUCCCUCUGGCACGAGCACAGCCCCAUCUCACCCUUCCAGAACCCCUUCGGUGUCUCCGAGCAAGGCACGGGGGAGAAGGGCCGGCCCGUGUCCCACCAGGCAAAAGCCGGCAUAACCUCCUCCCCCCACCGCCGCCAAAACCAGCACCCCCACGUGGUAGUUCCCCUGCACAGCCUCAACACCAGCGUCCUCCCCUCGCCCCCGUCCGUCACCUACCACUCGCCCUCGAGCGCCGUCGUCCUCCGCGGCUCGCCCUCCGACUCCUACACCACCCCGACCUCGACAACCUCCACCCGCUCCACCACCCAGCUGCUGCCCAGGCACCACGCACCCUACUCUCCCGCCGACUUCGCCGGGGCCGGGCCCGGUCAGGCCUGGCCGUCCCCCUCGGCCGCUCCGCCCGCCCCUCCGCCGAAGAGCCCGCGGAUGGCGACCAUGUUCUCGGCGGGGAGGCGCGGUGGUGGCCGGAGGGAGUCGGGGAGUCCCGUCGAGACGAUGAGGGUUGGGGUUACGUUCCCGCCGCCGCCGACGGGGCGGUGAGCUGGGGGUAGGUGGGUGGGUAGGAAGGUGUGUAGGAAGGUGUGCAACUGAUGGUUCUUUUCGUAUUUAUGUAUUUUUUCCAAGCUCUUAUUCUCACUUUUCACAUUGGCUUUCCAUUUCCG